GGAAGGAAUAUACCGGUUAAGGUGUAAUGCUGAAUAAAGGAGUGUGCUUGUUUUUGUCUUAUCAGGGAGCUUGAGGAGAAGAGUCUGUCAAGAUGUCGCAGGGCGGCGGCGCGUCAGGUGCUCCCAAGAAAGGCCUGACGCCCGAUGACCUUAUCGCGGCUAUUGACAGGCAUGAAAGAAAUCCGAGCAAUAUCCCCAAGGUCGAUACCUUCCCCUUUUGUGGGGAGAGAGUCUCAGAAUGGCUGGAGCGGGUGGAAAAAGCUCUGGCCAGGCGGUCGGAUGUUGUAAAAUUUCAGCGCAUUCUCCAGUACGUUCUCCACAACUACCUCCAAGAAGUGAAGAAAGUUAUAGAUGCAGUUCAAGGUAGCUUUGAAAGGUUCAAGGAGGGAAUGCAGAGGAAGUACCGCCUGGGAGAUGGACUGUUGACCACUGCGGAUCUUGAGGCAAUGAACAAGAAGGAUUGUAUGACGAUAGGGGCUUUUGUUCAGGAAUUCAACAAGAGGGCGCGGAAAGUCCAUGGGAUCUCGGAGGAGGCGCAGUGCGCAAUCUUCCUGGGGCUACUCACCGCAUCGGAGGUCGUCGCGCUGACAAGGCAUGGAGGGGGCAGCACCAAACUCAUCUGGGCCACCAUUGACAAAGGGGUGGAAGUUGGAUGCUUGGACCAGGUGGAGCAACGUCAGGUACGCCUGCAAAGGCAGAAGAGAAAGGAAAGGGAUGCGACCGCUUCUGGGACCCCGGGAGUAAAAAGGAUUGUUACAGACGUGUUGGCGCAGCUGGGGUAUGCGACAGAGCCAAUGGUGCAGAGAAGGGUAGUGACGGCAGUUCAGGUGAAAGGGAAAGAGCGAGUGGUGGGAGAGGCCGUUGAGGAAAAGCUCUGGGAAGAGGAAGAGCCGGUGCCGCCGCACCUGACGAAGGCCCAACGCAAAGUGCUUCACAGGGCAGCGUGGCUGGAGGUGGGAACCAGGGGCAGGGCAAUCAAGGCAACGGAGGGAGGGGUGGAGGAAGGGAGCGAGGGAGGAAUGGCAGCGGAAGAGGAGGGCAAUGGAAUGGUCAAGGCCGAGGAAACCAAGGCCAGGGGAAUCAAGGCAAGGGGUACCAAGGCCAGGGGUACCAAGGCCAGGGGUAUCAAGGCCAAGGGGAUCAGGGAAGUCAGGGGGCGUCCCGGAGUACAUGUGGUGGGGUCAAGCCCACAGUCAGGAAUGAUGGGGAGACCCCUCACUCCUCAGGCCCGGCUGCCACAGGCAGCACGAAUGAAAAGUCAAGCCAAGGCCAGUGCCAACCAAGAACCUCCGAGAAGGGGGCCAGAGUCAGGGAAAAGAAAGGAAGCUGUGGAAGUGGAGGAUGACGACAAUGAGGAGGAAGAGGACGAGAGGCUGCGCAGAGAAGAGGAUCAGAGAGCGGAGCAGCGGGCCAGGAAAAAGGGAGCCAGGGGAGAGGUCGAGCCGGUCGUGCGCGACGGACGGCCCAAAAGGAAGAAGUAUGUGGCUCGGUUGGAGGAGGGGUUUGAUGUGGAGAGAGUGAUCGACCGGCUGUCAGAAGGGCAUAAUGACCUCAUGACUCUGAAGGAAAUCCUGGUGUCAGCCCCGCGACUCCGCGAUGAAUUGAAGGGGAGGUUAUCACGGCGCCUGGUGCCCAAUGUCCAUCUGGGUACGAUCCUGCCCAAGGAGGCUGAGUGGGCGGAGUUAGGUACGAAAAUGGAUUGGAAGUGCAUGGCUUACGGCACGGAGUGGACAUUGAUGGUGGAGUUGAUGAAGAGGAGGCACAGCGCCUAUGCGUUUAUGGACGAGGAGCGUGGCAGGCUGGAUGUGGACAAAAUACCUAUGAUUCUUAUCCAUAUCAUGCCACACGAGCCUUGGAACAUGCGAGGGGCGCGAUAUCCUAAUCCUGACGAGGAGAAGAAGCUGGUGGAUUACCUCGACGACAAGAUACGUACGCACGUCGCCGACUAUUUGAGUGGACCGUAUGCGUCCCCGUGGUUCUGCUUCAUCAAGCCUAACGGGACGCUGCAGUGGGUGCAAGAUUUGCAGAGGCUGAAUGCGGUAACCAUGCGGGACGCUGGAGGACUGCCAAAUGCGGAUGCUCUAUUAGAAUCCUGUGCUGGAAGACCUAUAAUCUCACUUAUAGACCUUUACUCAGGAUAUGAUCAGUUUCUGGUCUACCUGCCGGACAAGACGGUGACGGCUACGCACACGCCGCGAGGAUUAAUCCACUUGAACGUGGCCCCACAAGGGUGGACCAACGCGGUAGCAAUGGUCCAAUGGGCCAUGAUUCGGGUUAUCCAGUUAGUCAGCCCUCAUAUCACACAACCAUACGAUUUGGCGGUGAAGGGGCCGACAGUGAAGGAGAGCGACGAAGUCUCGCCAGGGGUGGUGGUCACAAUGAAGGAGGAGUUUCGAAAGGGAGGGUUGGUAUUAGGGGCGCCAGAUUAUGAUGCCACGGAGACGCGACCCUUCAUUGUCGAAAUGGAUGCGGGGCCGACUGCCUUAGGGGGAGUUCUAAUUCAGGCAGACACGGAAGGAAAGGAAAGGCCCUUGCGAUUUGAGAGUCGGAUUCUCUGUACGACAGAGAGGAACUACACUCAGUUCAAAAAAGAGACCCUUACUGUCCUCCACUGUCUAAGGAUCUUCUGGAACUACAUCUUUGGCAGAAGGUUUAUCUUGAGAGUGGACCCGACCGCCCUGGCCUACUCUCUGAGGAAUUACGUUCCAUCGGAUCCGACGGUUGCCAGAUGGCUGACGUACAUCUGGAUGUUUAACUUCGAGUUGGAGCGGAUUCCUGGUAGCAAGAACCGGGUGGACGGGUUGAGUCGUAUCAACAGGGAUAACCAGGAAGGAGAGGCGGUGGAGAAUACGCCCCCAGUUGAUGGAUUCCUAGAUCAGGAGGAAGAUGUCCGUCUCCAUAUGAACAAGUGGUUGCCGCGAGUGCCUAGAUGUGUGGGCUAUCCUAUUUGGCAAACGCCGAGCGGAUAUGAAAGGAGGGCAGAGCUAGUCCUCAAACCCUUUGAAGAAGAAGAUCCUCGGGGAAGUAAGGAUGUUCAGUGGAUGAUGGAGUUGGCGCUGGCCAGUUCGCAUAGUCUGGUGGAAGACAUAAGGACGAUCGAGGAAGGACCCGGCCAGGUAGAACGGCAUGAGGACCUGAUGGGAGGAAUGUAUCUCCUCGUCAACACGUUACUGCAGGAAAGCUUCGACCAGUUAGACUCGUUGAACCCAGCAGAGAAUGUGGACGAGGUGCCCAAGAGCCAGGACGACGAGUUCGAGGAAGGGGAGAUUAAGGAGGCCUUUCGUGCAGAGGAGUAUGAUGGGAUCUACCUAGAGUUGGGGCUUCUCUUGUCUUGCGAGAUGCGGCUAAGGGAUGCAAGUGAUAGAGCUCAGAGAAUGCUGCAGCGCUACUUAAGCUAUAACUACAUCUUCGAUGCGCGCGAUAACCUGUCUGGCUUCGUAGAUGGGCGUGCCAUUCAUACCAAGACUGGUUCAGUCUUGGUUAGCUUCAUUGAGGAGUACUACCUGCGCUAUCCUUUCGUCAGGGAGUUCGUAAUGGACAAGGGAUCGGAAUUUACUUGCCAGGAGGUGCAGGAGUCGUUAUCAAGACACCUAGCAGCUCAUGCCCUGGAGCACCCAGACCUGGAAGAGCAAACACCUGCAAAGCCGUGCCAGGAGCCGUGUCAGCCCGAGAAGGAGAUGGAGGCAGAGAUCCCGAAGAGGGUCGACCUCUGUACGAGGGAAAGAGCGCCAGCUGGAGAGACAGGUGAAGAAAAGAGGGUAAGAAGAACCAGGAGGAUAGAAGAGAUAUGGCAGGAGAGGCAGAGGUUGGAGGCAGCAGGGGAACUUUCGGAGCAACAGCAGGAGAAGCGAAGAUUGGAGGCAGCAGGGGCUCUCCCAGGUCAGCCACCCAGCGAGCCAGCAAAGGCCCCAGAGAUCCCAGAGGUGUGGAGGGACUUCUGGGAGUGGAGAGGAGAGGAGCUUCCUUCGCCAACCAGAGCCGGGUUUGGGAUGGCAAGGAAGGCAGAAGAAAGGUUGGAUCGCAAGAUCAAGUUCCUGGCCAAGACAACUUUUGACCGGCACUUGUUGUUGGAGAGCGAUCUGGCAAGGAAGAAGAUAAAGGAAGCCGACCAUGGAGUACGCCUGGAGGCUAUAGAGGUGGAAAUCCAAGAACACAGGGCAUUGGUGGCCAGCCAGGCAGCUAUCAUCGAGAGCCUGAGGCAGCGAUCUCAGGGAGGGGCGGACAAGCUAGAGAGCAGCCGGCAGGGAGAAAAGAGGCAGUCAGGACAUGGUUUGCCAGGACAGCCAUUUGCAGCAGAGACUCGCCAGGAGCCACCUAUGGGGAGAGUUAUCCUGGAGCCAGAGGACGCGAGAGCCCAGAGGGAGGCAGAGAGAGAGGCCUUCGACUUAAGAGCCCCUACUGAGCUCGCGACGCUACCUAUAGUAGCGGCGGGCCCAGUCAGACCUUUGGCAGUUGAGAAGGGGCUACCACCAUCCAGCAGUGAGCCAGCUCAAGGCUCAGCAAAGGGAUCUAUGGACGUGCUCAUUGAGGCAGUGCACUCGAUGCAGGAGGAGGCGAGUUUGUUUUCGCCUGAGCAGAGGAUAGAGGAGCCUCUCGAGAGAGAGAUGGGGAUUGAGGCGGAAGCUGGCAUCGAGGGCGGGCUCCAGAGGUUGGGCACACCUGAGUACGGGCCAGAGGGGAUUGAAGACCGACCUGGACCGAGUACCCAGGAGGUGGAGACACGAGAGGAACCCUUGGAUAUGCCUAAGAGCCAUAAGUUGAGCAGGGAGGCCAGCGAAGCGCCAUUAUCGCCAGGGUCUCAGAGAGAAAAGAAGAGGUCCAGGAAGUGGUGCGAUACGUCCUGCUUCUUCUGUACAAAGGAGGGACAUCGAGCCUUGCAAUGUCCUAAGUUCCUAAAGGACAAGGCUGAAGGGAAGGUUACCGAGGAAGGAGGCAGGAUGUAUGAUAGACAAGGCAGGAGAGUAGAGAGAUCUGCAAUUGGGGGUAGGGCUCAGCUAUAUAGGCAAAACCACGAGGAGAUGAGCGAUGAGAACUGAGUUACCUAUAUAGUUGACAUGUUGCGUGUAGAACUA